AUUCUAUAAAAUUAUUGUACCACGUGACUUGAACACAUCGUGUUUUUUUUUAUCUUUUCAUUUACUUCACUUAUUCACUUCUUAUCUCUUAUUUUAUAAUAUAAUUAUGGCUUCGAAAGAUAUUGAUUUACCUUCAACUGAUGAACCAGAAGCAACUAAGAUCUGGGUAGGGAAUUUCCCUUACGGAACAACUGAGGCGGAUUUAAAGACUCUGUUCAAUAACUACAGCAUACAUAAGAUCGAUAUAGUUAAUGCAACGGAAGCUGGAAAAACGGCUAGCGCACUUCUUUUUGUCGAAAAGGCUGACUUGGCUGUUCGACAGAUGGACGGUUUCUCUUUCAAGGGUCGUCCGCUGGGAGUGAGGAUAGCGAACAAAUUAUCGGUUGACCGUAAAGCUAGUCAUAACAAACUUGAUCGUUGUCGUUCACUAGUGCAGCAAAUUGUCCCAAUGUUGGAUCAGGUUCUGGAUGGAUGCCAAUACUGUGGUGUUAUUAAGACGAUGAUGAACGAGCUAAAUUGGGCUUUACGUGAGGAUACUAAUGUUUCUAAUUUAACUGUACCACCGAAUCAUCAGGGCCACUGUCCAAGUGGAUUUCCAGGAGUAGGAGAUUUUUCAAAUCAAACGUUUGGUCUUCAAAGACAAAUGCUAGGGAGCCGCACUAGACCACAUAUGCAAUCUACUGGGAGGGGAGGGGGCGACAUGGGACAUGCAUGGUAAAGAAGUUGUUGAAGGAUAUAGACGAGGACAUAGUUGAAGAUUUUUCAUCAGCCGCCAAUUGCCAUUGAGGAAGAAUGGGUGUUGUUUUGGGCACGGCUGCAAACUUGUCCCUGCAAUCAAAUCAAUUCGUUAUUUAAUUAUUCGUUAAUUAUCUACAUAUCAGAUUGAAUAAAUGACGUACUUGCUUAAAAGAAUACCCUUAA